GCGCAUGCAGUGGGCGGUCCGCGCGUGAGAGAAAACCCCCGCGCGCGCUCCGUCCUCGCAGACUAGGGACUUCCAUCCAUCCAUCCAUCCCUCCAACCGUCCUUCCCACCCUCAGCCCCAAACCAGAACCCGAAGUGUUUGAUGCACGAUCGGAGGCGAUGCUGGAGUCCGGUGGCGGCGGCGCGCGCGUGCUGAAGGAGGGCGCGCUGGAGAAGCGCAGCGAGGGUCUGCUGCAGCUGUGGAAGAAGAAGCGCUGCGUGCUCACGGAGGAGGGACUGGUGCUUCACCCACCCAAACACCACAGCCACGACACCGGCUGCAAGGCGAAGGAGCUGCACUUCGCCAACAUGAAGACGGUGGACUGCGUGGAGCGCAAGGGCAAGUACGUGUACUUCACGGUGGUGAUGUCCGAGGGCCGAGAGAUCGACUUCAGGUGCCCGCAGGACGAGGGCUGGAACGCGGAGAUCACGCUCCAGAUGGUCCAGUACAAGAACCGCCAGGCGAUCCUGGCCGUGAAGUCCAGCCGACAGAAGCAGCAGCAGCUGCUCAUGGUCUCCGCGCAGAAGAUGCUCCGAAACUCGCAGUGAGAGCCGUGGAGAUCCACGGACGUGUUCCCUCGCGAGCGGCGCUUUUUAUUAGUGUCACCUUGUGCACUUGGACGCGCGCGCGGACGCUCUUCAUGCACUGAAAGACAUCACGUCCGAAUAAGCACCGGGAAUAUCUCCUCGGAGACUGUACGGGGACCGGGGCAAGUUGUCACAGCGAGGUUCAGAGCCAAAAGUCAAUUUGCAUGAACGCUCGUAUAUUAUCCAGAUGUGGUUAUGCGACUUAAAUUAGGAUGGGUUCUGUGGAUUUUUUUGGGGUUAUAUGCAUUCUGUGAACGGUAAAACCAUGAUAAGAGUCAAAAACAUAGAAGGCGAUUUCAGAUGAAUUGGGAAAAAUGUCUAAAUUAUCGUGAAUGAGCUCCUAAUGAAAGUCGAUUUGAAAUUUCUAUUCAGGACAAGAGGAUUUUCCAAAAUUUUCAGGCUGGGGCAAGUUGUCACAUCGAUAUAUAUAUAUAUUAUUUUGUUGUUUUGUACAUAUUUGUUCUAUUUUGUUCAAUAAGUAAAAAUAUAUAUUGGCCUAUGUUUUAAAAAUCAUUCAAAAAAAUGUUUAAUGUUCCCAUUGUGACAACAUGCCCCGCUAUAUGCAUUAAAUUAACUGUAUUUUAUAGAACGGAGUAGUCUAAAAGUUCAUCUGAUUUUAUUUUUUAGCAAAGACUUUAGAGUCUGUAUUCAUACAAAAAUGGACUGGUCGAAAAUGUACACUGGAGUAUAAGGUGUGACAACUAGCCCCGUCUUGUAUGUCCAUGUGUUGUAAAUGUGAAACGUGUGCAGUGCGUCGUCGCUCGAACAGAAAUGCCACCAUUACAUCACUUUCCAUUUGAGCGCAGCUGCAUUUGUCAGUCUUGUGUGGCUCCCGACAUGUAAUCGAUAUCUUCCGGGGGAUCUGGAAGGCGCAAGGCCGGUGUGUAACGCUCCAGAUCGCAGUGUGUCGGGAUUUUAAUGAGACUCAUAAACGCAGUUCAGUUCAGUGUCAUUCACGGAGUCUCUCACUGGAGAUGCACAGCGUUUAAUGCGGACAUGAAAUCAAUCUGCAUAUAUUUCUGUAUUUAUUUGUACAUUUUUUUUUUGUAACCUGUCAUUUACAUAUUUGAAUGCUUAAGUACACUUUUAUGCAUUUCAGAAUCUUAGAAUAAGCUUUUGGUGCAACUGGAUUGGAUGCAAGAUUCACAUUUGACCAAGUGCUUUUUGUUGUUGUUGUUCAAACCAAAGAAUGUCAAAACAUUUUAUUGGGUGCAUCUACAUCAUGUUGACAUGACGUGACUCCUAUUUUGUUACGUUUCGCAGUUUUGCAAUCAUUGACUUUUAUUGAUUUAUGAGAAAUGUGUUCGAGCUGAUGUUUGCUUGUGUAAAAAUGGUGAUUUGUUGAAGGAACGGCAUUGUUCCCUGAGCUGAUGUGAAUGCCGCUUUCAUACCUUUUGAAAUAUACAUUCCAUUUUAAAUGAA